UACAAAAUAUGUUUUCAAAUGUGAAUUCUAUGCAACGCAAGAUGUCGCUGGCUUUGUAUUUUGGAGACUUCUUUAUUAAACAUUCGCAUCAAUUUGACACUUCGUAAAUAUUUGACAUUUGUUUGUUAUUCUUUAGCUGUCAGAUUUUUGAGCCAUACAUAGCCUUGCAAAAGCGGGAACGUUUUCACUUCUGAAGAAGAUUAAUUUUUUAAUAAAGUAUACAUUAUGUCUAGAAAAGAAGCUUUAUCACAGUUUAUCAAUCAAAUUCAUGGGCGCCCUGUUGUCGUUAAGCUUAACAGUGGUGUGGAUUAUCGUGGUGUUCUUGCCUGUUUGGAUGGUUAUAUGAAUAUAGCACUUGACCAAACUGAAGAAUACGUCAAUGGACAACUCAAAAACAAGUAUGGUGAUGCUUUCAUCCGGGGCAACAAUGUGCUCUACAUAUCCACACAAAAAAGAAGAGUAUAAAGUGUACUAUCAUUGAUUUGCUUUGUUUUAUAAAUUACUUUUAAUUAUAAAUAAAUAAUCUCUUUUUAUUGUAAAACAA